GUUUUGCUUUCCUUGGAUUGUGUCUUGUCUCUUGCUGCAAGACGGGAAUCUGCCCGUUCGUUGCUCGUCAGUGCUGCUCGUCAGUGCGUGACUGCAUCGGGUUGUUGCUUGCAGGCCCGCGAUUGCGACUCCAGAAUGCAUCUCGGCCGGACAGCAUCACUGUAUGCUGCCGUAUCUUUGUUCGCGACAGCAUGUCCAUGUCUUCCCUUCAAUGAACACCGACCUGCACCAUCGCAGGUCUUGGCGCCGAGAGCGACCUACUCAGUCGUCCCGAUCGACGGAGGGUCUGGGCCGGGUGGGUCCAACUCCGGCUCCGGCUCCGGCUCUGACUCCGGAACAUCGCCGAUUGGCGCGGUUACGGUCACCGUUGUGCAGACCCUGGCCCCGGUGACAGACCAUGUCACCGACACCGUCGUCGUGACGAAAACAGUCCAAAUCGUCAACAUCGGCCCGGACACCACGACCCGGACCGCCGAUGCCGCUGGCACUUCCACCAGCCAGCCAUCCGCGGCCUCGACCACACCACCACAGACAACACAAACAUUGGCGACGAUAUCCUCUCCAUCGAAUUCAACUCGGCCGAUUGUGUCAUGCCAGCCCACCACCUCUCCCGCCUCGAUUCCCGUCCCACUAGCGACCGGUUACAGCAGCAGCAGCAGCAAAACAUACGACAAUGGGGCCUGGCACACGUCGUAUCCAGCAUGGAACCAGACGCUGCCUCGCCGGGCCUCCCGCAAUUGGCUCCGGCCGCGGCGGGCCGUUUGAGCCAAAUGGCAGCAGAAACUUGAGCAGCGAUACGACGGUCGCGAUGUCGGUUGG